AUCUUUCAUCCAUUAUUUUCGUUUUGCGCACACAACAACACAGUCUUCUUACGAUAAAGAAAUUAGGGUUUUGAGGGUCUCUCUCAGCCAUGGGUGGAGGUAACGGUCAAAAGGCUAAGAUGGCUCGCGAGAGGAACCUCGAGAAGCAGAAGCAGGCUGGCAAAGGAAGCCAGCUUGAAAAAAACAAAAAAGCUAUGUCAAUUCAGUGCAAGGUGUGCAUGCAAACAUUUAUCUGCACCACAUCAGAAGUGAAGUGCAAGGAGCAUGCUGAGGCAAGACACCCAAAAUCUGAUCUCUUCACUUGUUUUCCUCAUCUUAAACCAGAAGCCUGAAGGGGGAAGCAUGUUGAUACAUUAUAUCAUAUUAUAUGGAUCAUGAAUUUCUUUUAUAUAAAAAAAUUCUGUGUUUGUCUUGGUGACUAGGGAAAGACACAAGGGGAUAAUUAGUAUGUUUUUCCCUGAAGUGUGAGAAACUGUUGAUUUUCUCUCGUCAAAGUGUAACUGUUUAAUGGUCAUUAGUGUUAAUAUUGUGUUAAAAAUCAUGGUAUUAAAUAAAGAGCUUGACUAUAUCAGAGCUUGUAUA